UCAGCCAUGUACUCGUAUCUGAAAAACAUUCUUAUUAUUUCAUUUGGAUUCUCAUUUCUCUUUACUGCUUAUGGAGGGCUCCAGAACCUUCAGAGCAGCCUCCACUCUGAAGAAGGCCUGGGAGUUGCCUCCCUGAGUGUGAUCUACGCUGCUCUGAUCCUGUCCUCCAUGUUUCUCCCAUCAGUCCUCAUUAAGAAAUUUGGAUGCAAGUGGACCAUUGUGGGCUGCAUGUGUUGCUAUAUUACAUUCUCUUUGGGAAACUUCUAUGCCAGCUGGUUCACACUCAUCCCUACAUCUAUGAUCUUAGGGCUGGGAGGAGCCCCCCUCUGGUCAGCGAAAUGCACUUAUCUUACUGUGGCUGGCAAUUUAUAUGCUCAGAAAGCGGGGAAAAUUGGAAAAUACAUAGUUACCCAGUAUUUUGGAAUCUUCUUUUUGAUAUACCGAACUUCUGGAGUCUGGGGAAAUCUAAUAUCAUCUCUGGUCUUUGGCCAGACUCCUAACAAAGUAAAUCUCACAGAAGCAGAUCUGGUGUGCUGUGGUACAGGCAACUGUAUGAUAAAUACCACAAAUAGCACUGUGAUAUCAAAAGGACCAUCUAAUACUUUGAUCUAUACUUUGAUGGGAAUCUACACAGCUAGUGAGAUUCUAGCUGUGUUGCUAGUCACUAUAUUUCUGGAUCAAAUCUCAACCAACCAAGCAGAGAGUGAAGAAAAGGCAGUAUCAUCAUUUGGAUCCACUUUUCUGGAAACAUUUCAACAUCUUAAAGAUAAACGCCAGUGUCUCCUGAUACCUUUGACUAUGUAUAGUGGACUUGAACAAGGAUUCCUUGCUGGUGACUAUAAUAAGUCCUAUGUGACCUGUGCUCUUGGGAUAAAUUUCGUUGGAUAUGUGAUGAUCUGCUUUUCAGCUACAAACUCACUCGCUUCGAUGUUGUGUGGAAAGAUUUACCAGUUCACUGGUAGAAAGGUUCUCUUUACACUGAGUACCAUUCUCUAUCUUGCCUGCAUAAUAGCACUAUUGCUCUGGAAACCUCACCCAAACCAACUUGCCCUAUUUUUUAUAAUACCUGCCAUCUGGGGUGUAGCAGAUGCCAUCUUGCAAACACUCACCAAUGCUCUCUAUGGAAUUUUGUUUGAAAAGCACAAAGAGGCUGCAUUUGCAAAUUACCGCCUGUGGGAGUCAUUGGGAUUUGUCAUAGCCUUUGGCUACAGCACCUUCUUAAGUGUCUCCAUCAAACUGUAUAUCCUGUUGGCUGUAGUGAUUGUGUCAAUGGUCUUAUAUGGAAUAGUUGAAUACCUGGAAUCCAAGAUGUCUUCUGGAACACCUAACAGUGCUAAGCAAGAGCCAAUCACACCGCAGCAAAAUGCUCAGGAAACCCAUUUCUAA